UCUGGAAAAGGAGAAAUAGAAAACAGAGAAGGGAAAUCAUGCAUCAGCAUCCUGGCUGGAGUGUACAGAAGACUGUAUGCUGUUUUCAUCAUGCAGAUUCACUAGAGAAAUGACCUUCUUUGAUCAGCCAGGUAAAAUAAAAAACUUGUUUAUUUGCCGCCUGUGCUCCCCACGGACACUGAGGCUGUGGACUUGCAGGCGCCUGAGGACAAGGAGGAAUCUGCUGUUGGGCACUGCGUGUGUGAUCUACCUGGGAUUCCUCGUCAGUCAAGUGGGCCACGUUUUACCCCAGCACAAAGGAUAUGAAACGAUCAGUUCCAGGAGUCUCCAGGAUGCAGCGCAAACUUCUUUUCUGGGCAUCCCACUGGACAGCACCCUGUCACCACCCAGCUUCCAGGAACCCAAUCUGGAUGGCAAUGGGACCUUGGUGCCACCUAACGUGGUUUAUAUCACCCUACGGUCCAAGCGCAGCAAGCCUGCCAAUAUCCGAGGCACAGUGAAGCCAAAGAGCAGGAAGAAGCAUGCAGUCCCACUGUCCUAUGGGCAGCACUUUCCAAAAGCCGCUUUCACUGGCCAAAAAGAGAUCUUCUUCCAGCAGCCAGGGAGGGACAUUCACGCUGUGGGUGCCAUAGGAGCAGCAACAGCUCUGGAGGCAAAAAACCACCAACUGGAUAUACUCCAGCAUAAAGAAAUGGCAGUCAGGGAAAGGGGACACCAGAGACCUGGGGGAAUUUCUGGGAGGAUUAAGGCACAGCCUCAGGCUGAAGAAAGUAACAUCAGGAUUUACAGCGAGAGCUCUCCCUCGUGGCUGAGCAAAGAAGACAUUCUAAGCAUGCGUAUGUUGGCAGACUCUCGGAUAGAGAGCAUCCAAGAACUACCUUCUCAUAAAGCUGUCCUGGUAGUGUUUGAGAGGGGUCCCAGCACCACAGGAACUGCCUGUAAUCAGGGGCACUGCGGCAUCAUCAAAAGACCCCUUGACAUGAGUGAAGUGUUUGCCUUUCACUUGGAUAGGAUCUUGGGGCUCAACAGGAGCUUACCUUCUGUGAGCAGGAAAUCGGCGUUCUUCCAAGCUGGUCAAGCCUGCCCUGUUAUUCUGUGGGAUUCUUCCCUGAGUCCGACCGAUAACAAUACUCACUCUUCAGUGAGAUUAACCUGGGGAAAAUAUCAGCAACUACUGAAGCGGAAAUGCUGGCAGAAUGGUAAAGUUCCCAAAGAUGAGUGGGGCUGCACUGAAAUCCAUCACCAUGAGUGGUCCAAGAUGGCAGUCUUCGAUUUUCUUCUGCAGAUCUAUAACCGGCUAGACAGACACUGCUGUGGAUUCAAACCUCUGAAGGAGGAUUCCUGUGUGCAGCAAGGACUGGCUCUGAGAUGCAGCGAUCAGGAUGCCGUUGACUUGACGCACAUAGUGCAGAGAAGGCACGAUCAAAGGCACUUGGCCUUCAUAGCCAAUAAAGGUUUCUUUGACAGAAGUGAGGACAAUCUCGACUUCAAAAUACUGCAAGGAAUCAAUGAAUUCCCUGAGUCUGCAGUUUCAGUGCUGAGGAGCCAGCGUUUACGGGAGAAGUUGCUUCAGUCUUUGUUCCUUGACAAAGUAUACUGGGAGAGCCAAGGAGGCAGAAAAGGAAUUGAAAAGCUUAUUGAUGUCAUAGAAAGGAGGUCCAAAAUUCUUCUUACUUACAUAAAUGCACACGGAGCCAAAAUACUGCCCAUGAAUGAAUGAGCUUCUGAGAGACAGUCCUUAAAAUAACUCGUGUGGGGCAAAAAUCGAGAGUAAAAUUCAUUUAUUUCAUAGAUUUAUUUAACUUUUAUUUUUCCAGACUUCCAAAUGUAUUUUUGAAUAAGAAGCCUUACGUGGCUUAAAAGCAUCACUUAAACAUCAGCUGCAGCUCAACGCAAUGCACUUCUAGGUCGUCAAUGAAAUAAAAAAUGUCAAAUAAUACAACAAACGAUACAGAAAUAAGUAUGCACCAUGAGCACUCCUAUUAAACCAUUUGAAAAUCAGCAACAAGAUUUUCAGCACAUUAGUCUGGAUUCCCUCAUUCAAGUCAGUAAUGUUUUACUGCAGAUUUAAAUGGGAAGAGAUUUUAGUCACUUCGUACAUCAGUGAAAAUUGCCAUCACAUCUGCAUGCUGUAACAUACAGGAAUUCAUCUGUUUGAUUAAGAACACCACAAUUCCAACAUUUCCAAACGAUUAUUUUGUUUUAUUUUGGUCUUCUGAAAUCUGAGGACUGAACUUAUCUCUUUUAAGCUAUAUUUCCAUUGAACACGAGGAAAAUUUAGAAUCAGAAAGAGGGAAACAUGGCUUUAACAAUAAUAAUUAAUUUGACAAAUACAGUUUUCACCUUUCUGAUGUGGAACACACUUUGUCACGAGUCAUUUUUUACAAUGUAUUAUUUCCAGUGCAGGUUGGUUUGUUGUCUGACUGGGUCAUCUGAUAUUUCUGCUUAUUGAUUAACUGAGUGUUACUCACAGACUCCUCCUUUAGCACCACCAUUUCAUUUUUAGAAAUUUAGCUCUGGCUUCGUGUAAAUAUGCUGCUAAAUUCAGUAUAAUGUUUGUUUUUGCAACAUUCUUGACACAGUUCAUUAGAAUGUUAUCAAAAGGCAGAUCUAAUAGUGACGCAAACGUUGUUAAAAUCAGAACUGAAAAUCUUUCUGCUGCUUGUUUAGCUCUUGCCAGCAACCCAAGCUCUGGUUUUAAAUUAAGACUGACGAUUUUGAUUCCAGCUGAUGACUUGGCCCAAAUAUUCCCAUAAGUAAGGUUGUUUGAGAAGCUUGGACAAGCACUUUAGAUUCUCAGCCUGGAUCUAUUCCAGAAAAUAUUCUGUUCAAGGAGCAAAAUAUCAACUGCUACAGUCUAUCCCAAAAUAUAUCUUCUACCUAUCUGUUUAGAAAGGUUCUUACUUUUUUUUUUUUCUAAAUAAAUAUCUAUCCUUUUUUUACCAUGAGAUAAUAGCAGAAGUUAAAUGCUUUCAUCUAUUCUUCAUGUAUAGUGAAAAAAACCCAACAACACCACUAAUAUAGGAUGCAAAGCUUGGAAAUGCUUGUGUAACAUUUUUCAUUAGAAACUGAAAUGUAAAUAUGGAUGGGUGAAGUUAUCUUAAAUAACUGCGAUUCCACUGCAGCUAAAACAGAUUUUCUUCCUUAUUAUCAUAGCAUCUAUUAACAAUUGAAGAUCUAUUGAUCUAAUUGGAGGCAGAGUUAAAGACUCUUAAUAAAAUUUGAAGAGCUUGGCCAUCUAAAUAAUCUUUUACUUUAUUCUGUCAGUAAAGGGCAGAUACACUCAAAAGCUUCCUAGAACUUACCAAUUGCCUUGAGAGGACAUGUUUUUAAGUGCCUUGGACUUUUUAAUGACACCAAAGUAGAAUUUUAUAGGGUUUUCAUAUUAUCCCUUUCUUAAAAUGUUAUAUUAGCCAGAUAAUUUCUAUAGCAGAAACAAAAAUAUUAGUGUAGCUUGCAUUUUCACUGAGCCUAGAGAGAGAAAUAGUCCUCUGGAUCCAUUUCACAUGGUACUCCUGUUGCAUUUAUCACAAAUUUCACUCUGAUGACUGUUACAAUCAAUCUGUCCUUUUUUCUAGCCUAUAUCAGUUUUCUUCCUGCUAGAUGCUUUUCUAUUGGAUUAUCACACACUGGUAAGAAUGAAGGAUGUGACUCUCAGCUGCACUGAACUUCGAAGAGGGCCAAGGAAACGUACAGCACUGCAGUUGAUCAUGAAAGAACCCUGACUGGAACUUUCCUAGUUUUUCCUCUUCUGGUUCUAAGACAACACACGCAGAGAUGUGGAGCAUCUCUCCUGUGAAGAGAGGUUGAGAGAACUGGGUUUGUUCAGCCUGGAGAAGAGGUAAUCUGCAGGACAGAAUGAUGUCUAGGCUUCAAAGGAAGUCUAUAUCAAGUCUUCUCAGAACUCCUGCAGGGACUGAUAAACUCAGAGUGAAUAUGCACAACAGGAUAAGCUGUCCCUUUCCAAGGGCCAAGGAAUACUUCUUUCUCUGAAAUUCUGAGUAUGAGCACACUCUAGGAGGUGUGCUGUGUAUGCUGCAUCAUGUUCUCACCUUAUAAUCAUGUCUUAGUAUUAUUUUAUGUGUAGCUGGGAGCAUUGCUGUCUAUAUUGCAUUAAAAUGCCCCAUUUCCAAGUCCUACCAACACUCUUGUCUUCAGACAGUCAGGAGAGGCUCGAGGAGGCUGGCAGUGGGACUGCAAAAUGCUCCUAAUCCAAUAACGUUGAUCAAAACUCCAGGAAGUGUCUUUUCUUCCUGACGUUUAUACUGUUAUAUAUCUUUGCGCUUGAGUUUGGUACAAGGGAUGAUUGGUAGAGUGUGUAUGAGUACACACAAGCCCAGUUCUCUCAUUUUCUUUUCUUCUUUCAAAAAGAAAGAAUUCUGUACUUUUUGAGGGUACUUGGGUAAAUGCUUCAGUAAAAAAUACAGAAGAAGCACUUUGUAUAGCUUGUUUAUUCACUGCUACUACAUUCAAGACAUGUGCUCUCCUCUCAGUAGGACUUACAUGUACUGAGAAAUCAGUCCAUUUCCUUAUAAAACAGCAUGAACUUGGACUGACAUUCCUGCACAGAAGCCUAAGUAAUACUGACAGACAGAAAGAAAAGGAAGAAGCCUUGAUCUACCUAUGGUAGGGAUCAACUGAGAGCCAAGGAAGUAGGUUUUAGUCAUUUCUGCUGGGCUGCCUUCCAUUUAAGGGCAUAUGGGACCAGACAAAUAUUCCUGCUGCGCAUUACUCGGAAGGGUGUAACCAACGGCAACAGUCCAAAAUCUGUGGGUGGGAAAAGAAGAUUAUGUCAUUCUUGAAUCUCCCUGAAAGCCAGAACCACAUAAAAUGGAGUAACGAAGAAAAUCAGGAGGGUUCGUUGAUUUCAUAACAUUGGAAGACGGAGCUUAAAAUAAGUAGCACAGGCACAGAUGCCUUGAAAUUCCUCAGGAGCUUGCCAGCAAGUUUAUAAUCUUAAGACUUUUCAGAAGCUGAGAACAUGAAAACUUUUGUGGAGCGCUGUGGGAGAAAUGUCUCUUUCUUUUUCUCUUUCUUUUUUUUUUCCCCAUACAUUCUAUCACGUACUACAUAAAAGAAAGAUAAAUUCCACAGUUUCAAAAGUGCAAAUAGAUGCUUAGGGGACAUUAAGGGACAAGCUUCCAGUAGCAAUUCUGGGAAUGCUUUAAAGCACGUUUGUGUAUGUGAAUAAGAACAUAUAUGAAUAUAUGUAACUUACAUAUACCUUAGCUUUUUUGUAAUAAAAGGCUCAGUUCUACUCA